CCCGGAAGCGGGUUGUUUUCGGAGGUGCGGCGGGAAGUUGGAAACUGAACGAAUGUGUCAGCAGCAAGUGUCCACUUUUGGAAACAAAGAAUUUGUUUUUUGUUUUCGUGUGGCGUGCAGUGGCAACAUGAGCGACAGGAGUCUUCCACAGCAGUUACAGCGGUGGGCAAUAGAAGAGUUUAAUUUACAACCACAACACCUUCCUCAUGACAGCUAUUUCAAAACUUUGUGUCUUGGACAGGGAGCCUCUAUAUGGAAAUAUAUAACCCAGCAUGUUUACCAUCAGAGGAACGUGAAAGUAAUGCGUGGGAACCUGCAAUGGUUCAAGAUGCUGCAGGAUAAGGAGGUUGAGUGUGCACAAGGGCAAAGUGAGGCAGCCAGGCGGCAGGAGCUUCAGAGGGAGAUUGAGGAGCUGAACGCAGAGCUGGAUCAGUUGAACUGUCAGAUCAGUGCGGCUGAGACACAACUGGCUGCUGAUGAGCGGUCGCUGAGCGGGAGCUGGUCUGAGGAUGAGGAGAGCCGGCAGAGGAGUGUGCUGUUGCGGGCCUUCCGGCAGCGCUGCUCAGAGGAGAGGCUCUCUCUGUCCCAGCACGGCCGCAGGAUCUACAGCCACUGCCAGGCCCUGGGCCAGCUCUGCAGGAAAGCGGAGGUGGAGUUGGUGUUUGGUAGUGAGCCUAAUGACGCCAGCGACUCUCUGGGCCCCUCUGGUCCAGAGCCACAGGUCCUACGUGAGGUGAGAGAGCUGUGCGAAGAGAGGCUGCUUUUCUUCCAGUCUCUGCAGCAGAGUGAGCUGAAGGGCGUGCACACCGCAGGAAAACACUUAUCCCGUGAGCAGAGGGGAGUUGUGUUUCACCACUGGCUCAGUGCCGUGGAGGACGUGAUCCGCUCUCACCCUCCCAGCCAUGUUCUGUCUGCGCUGCAGCACCAGGCCUCCAGGCUGCAGGGCUCGUUGCAGGAGAAUAUCUCCACUCUGGACGUGGAGCAAGAGUUGGCUGCUCUCCGAUUUCGUUAUGAGAACAAACACCUUCAGGACAUCUCCAGGGAAGAGGAGGAACUGCCUUCGGUCAAAUCACUUUUACAGAACGGCUGGGAGGACGUGGAGCAGUUUCUGGUUCAGCUGGCGCAGACUCAAAUCCAGGUCCGACAGCAGCAGGACCAGCUCAGUGCCCACCGGAAGGAAGUACAGCUGGAACUUCUGGAGAACGAUGUCCAGAUGGAGCCCUUGGCGAGGGCGGUGUUUGAGCUGGAGCUGCAGUGUGUGAUCCGGGCUGCGGUGAGGGACAGUGUGCAGGAACAGUGUGCGCAGCUGGGGGAGCAGGCCAAGGACAGGCAGGAGGCACUGCGCAACCUGCGCAGCCAGUGGCAAUGCAUCAUGGACUUCCGGGAGCUGGUGGCUAACAAGCAAGAGCAAAUUCGUGGGCUAAUUAAGGCCAACUCGAAUGCCAAGAGUGAGCUGUCACGCGUUCACAAUGAGAUCAGGCAGUACGCAGAGGGGACACUUGGGCCUCAGUGCAGGGCGGUGGUGGAUGCAGCAUCAGCGCUGCGCAACACCGUGUCUCAGGAGGUCAGACUGAUGGGGUCCCUCUCAUUGGCUGCCCUCAAUCGCAGGGUUAUGAAAGGUGGACAGCGAGUCCCUGCUGAAUGGCUGUCCAUCUACCGUCUGCGCUCCCCGACCUUCCACAACGUGUGUGAAAGCCUGGCCUUUCCUAUGUACCGGGCUCCAGAGCAGCUGACUGCGCAGGCCGUGUCCCAGCAGCUGGAGCUGCGUUUCCUGCUGCGGCUGCUGCAGUUGCACUCUCUCUCUCAGACCAGCCUGCAGGGCCAGAGGGCUCUGCUGCCCGCCCCGGACCAGAAGGCCCUCUUAGAGAACGUGCAGGAGGUUGAGAAGGAGCUGCUGCAGUCUUUGCUGCCCCGGGUUCAAGAGCUGAGACGGCGCACUUCCCAGGGUCUGCUGUACGGGGCUCAGGCUAAGAACACCAUCUCCCACUGGUGGGAGCAGCCUGCUCAGUUUGCUCUGCCAGAGUUGCAGAAGGGGGGACUGACUCUGCAGAAGUGGCUGCUGAGAUGGCGACUAGCAGCCAAGGCCCUGGAAUGAACACAGGACAGCCAGCACACAGAACACUUAAACAGAUACAUUCCUUCAUAUCACGUAUAGCUCAACAGAAGGCAGAUACUGUUUUUAGCUAAGUAAAUUUACUUUUGAAGAUGCAUAGAGAAAUUAGACUAUUUAAAUGUGCGCUUUGCGAAGUAACCCUUGUCCUCUGCAUGAAAUGUUUUUUUUUCUGAUUUUUAUUUGAGAAUAAGGUCCAUUUUGAAUGUGUAAUAGUAAUUUUGGUUUUGAUAUGCUUUGUACUAAAAGCAACCACUUUAUCUACAUUGACUCACUAAUAUGUUUAAAUACAUUUUUUGUGUGGUGAUGAGUUAGCACAUUACUGAGAAAUGUAAGGCAGCCAUUCUGCCAUACUAUCAAAUAAAGUCAAAAAAAAAAAAGAGUACCUAUUUU